AUGUGCUGUUGCGGACCGUUUGGAUUGCUCGUGGGAGCAGGCGUCACUGCGCAGGAGGCCAAUUUUAUCACUAGCUACAUCUUGGACAACUAUUUGAUUCCUCGGCCUAUGGACUCCCUUUUUGAUAAUAUAUUAUGUCGUGAGGGGCUAGAAAAGGUCGUCAUACCGGGCAAACUAAAGAGAGUUGUUGGUCCCACUUUUGGCGACAAGCUUUGGGAAAAUUCAUUAUGGGCUCCAGUGACUCUGCCAGAGAGUCUUUAUUCCAACUUGAGACCAGUGAUUCUGAGUUUUGUCCCUAUUAUUGGCCCGAUGGCUUUGAGCUUCAACAGUGCGGUUGCAAAAGGUAAUGGCUUCGAGAAGCGCUAUUACAGAUUGACUAGACUCAGAGAUCGUCAGAUUAGGUACCUGAUCAAAGAAAGGGAGGGAGAUUACUGGAGUUUUGGCUUUGUGGCUAACCUAUUAGAGAGUGUUCCGUUACUUGGCUCAUUUUUCUAUUUUACUAAUCAAAUUGGGGGGGCUCUCUUGGCUGUAAAAUAUUACAAUGAAGGCAGAACCGAGUUUUGA